CGAUCGGCACGCUUUUCACGGUUCGCGAAAGCUGUCAAACUCAUGAGCGCGAUCCCGGAAGCGGGAACAGAGUUCAGAAUCAGUCCGACGCAUCGACGUCGUCUCGUCGGCGUUCAAAACCACAAAAGUGAUAUCUCGGCGUUGCGACAACGACGACGACGACGACGACGGUGACGACGUUGUCGCGCAUAGACGCGCAUCUCAAAGUUACGUAACGCGAAAGAAAAAGACGUUUAACAAAAAAUCGGAACUGCGAAUGACGAAUUCGCGAGGCCUGUGCAUUGUGCAAAGGCCCAGAAGAGAUAAAUGAGAAAAUUCAACAACUUCAGACCGCAUUCUAAUUGUUGUCACGCUGACCAAAAAAAAAGUGAUCAAUUAAUUUCACAAGAAUCUUCAUUGCUGCCGAUACUGUCAUCUCGUUAAAAAAAUUAAUACAGAUCUCAAUUGAUAUGAAAAAUUAGAAAAAAAUUUUCUGAGAUAUAAUUAACGUCCGUCAGUUUGCCGUCAAGCGACGUUUUGCAAUGCUCAGAGACAAUCGCAACUAGCGCAAAAACGGUAAAGAACUCGCGGCAAUUCAUAAAGAAUAAUUACGAAAAAAGCGAUCGGUUAGAGAACGUUGCAUGAUGUAAUUAAACGACGGAUCAUUUGCAAAAAUACCGACCAGCUGUUUCCGUUCGCAAGGAUCUUUCCCGGAAUAAACUUGCGGAAGAUGAAGUUCAGACACGCCGUUAACCAGCGAUUAUUUGUUGACGAAACACUGAUGGAUUAUUUGAUGAUCUGACCCGUUGAAAUGAUCGGCCGUCGUCGAUCGGACAUGCGUGACUCCAUUAGAAAGACGGUGGUGUGCACGCACACGCGUAACGCGCUGAUCAUCUGACAAGAUCGCCGCGGGAGUCGCGGAAACAAGACAACAAAAGGGUGUCAUCAGGCGGAAUCACCCAUCGAGGCGCGCACACAGAAAUGGAAAGAAAGAAAUAUGAUGGAGAGAAGUUGGACAGACGUCGGGCACACUUUGGGCAGACCAAUAAGGCGGGAGGGAAAAGAAAGCUCGUUCUCCUCUUCGUCGCGAAAUUCCGGUCAGAACGAUAUCAAGAAAUUGCGCAGGGAAAACGAGCAGCUGCGUCGAGAGAUAUGGAGCCUUAGGGAUGAGUACGACAAGCUCGAAGAUAUCCUGAAGAGACAGAAAAACGGCGGCGAAAGCGAAGAGUACGAGGAUCGCUCCGAAGAGGAUGACGAGCCGCAGUCGGAUUUUUCCUGCGAGGAGGGCGAAGAGGACGAAGAGGAGUACGAAGGUAAUGAGAGAACUAAGGACUUUAACCAAGAAGAGCAGCUAGAGAACGCGGAGAAUCAAAAGAUCUCUUCUGAAAAAAUGAGCAGCAGUUUGCAUCGGCUUCACGUGGAAUUCGACGAUCUGUCGGUCGUUGACGAGGAGGAGGAGCUGAAGAAAGAAAAGGAGAAAAAGGAGGCAACCUCGUCGUCGUCGGACGGUCAGAAAAACGACGGCGGUUCCGCCGUCCGGUAUCCACCCCCGCCGAUUCACGGCCUCCGGCAACUUCACGAUAACAUCCCGUUUUAUCCGGCCACGUACGAACCAGCGAGUGGUUUCAGCGGAACCAGUUAUUACACCGAGUGCCCGUUCCCAAGUACGGUCGAUUUAAUGCUGCCCACGUUAUUGGCCUCGCCCUGUUCGGGAUUACAAUCUGAUCCAUUGAUCCCGCUGGCCGGUUUAGACGACCGUCCUCCGAACAUCGGCCCGGAUCAAGUAGCCGCCGAUCCGAUGUUACCGCAAAUUCAUGUACCGCCCGUCGAGUGGCAGAGUAAUGUGACGAUUACUCAGAACGAACAAAUGCCGUCGUUUUAUACAAGUACGAAAGUCGCGCCUGUUUCCUCGACAACGUGGAUGACGGGCAAGUCCCAGUCGGAAUAUCAGACAACGAUUCCUUUGGUGGAGAAUCAAGCCUUUAGCUUUCCCAGGAGAACGAACGCAAUCACCAGACAACACUCGAAACUCCAGGAGAAGUCGGCUAUUCAAGAUUCGCUGACGUACUUUUCGAGUUCCGAGGAACCGGUUGGUAGAAACGCUUGGGACGUCAUUGCAGAUUUCGCAGACAGGAAGAAAUCGAUAGCGAAUGACGAAAAAGACACGGGGGAACGUCAAAGUCAAAACGUCGAGGAAACCGCUGCAACAGUGUCGGAAAAGCCAAAACACUUCUUCGCACCGUUGCCGUUCAAGCUAAAGAGACAGGAGGAGGAAUCACCGACCACUAGUCACUUCGGCACCGGAACAAGUUCGAGCAGCGGGAAAACAGUUUCCACGGUGAUUUCUAGAACUAAUCCGUUUAUAGGGCAGAAAGGUUCGGCGGACAUCUACGUGAACGGCGCGAUACCUUGCGACGACGAGAACAGAGAUAACUCGAAAACGUUUCUGAGCACUAAUAAUCUGCUGAUUUCGGACGGCAAAGGUAAUCAACUGAUAAAAUCGUUGUCGUGUCAAGAUCUGUCGAGCGAAUCUCAGACUGCAAUGCCGCUGAAACUCAAUCAGGUCGAAUCGCAGGUGCUCGCGAAGAGCGACAACACUCUGGACAAUAUAACUGGCGGCUCGAGACCGUACAAGAGUCAUUUGAAUGUGACGCUUAAGAUACCGCGAGUCGAGCAGGCACCGAGUCCAGAAACGCCGGAGGUUCCCAAUCUGCCCUCGAUAGAUUACCGUAUCUUUAGAAAUCCCUUCCUGAGAACCUUUGACAAAAUGAAUCGCGGCUAUCAAGUAAAACCGAACCCACCUCCGCCUCGCGCCACGUCACCACUCUCCAUUCAGGUGAACGAUGACGUCUAUCGCUACCCCAUGUCAACCUACAGCCGAGGCGUUCAUCUAAAUGACAGGUUUCGCGCCGCUGCUCACUUGGCGGAUCAAAAUCGGCUGCUGAUGCCGAGCGAUCAAUUGAUGGGCGGCAAGCAAGACAUUCAGAUGACUUCCUUCGAAAAACCGAGUCCUUGCACGCUGAUACCUCCUGCCGCUCCUUACGACUUGACAACUCUGAGGAGACUGAAUCGCUGCACGCAAAAUCUCUAUCAAAACAUUCCAUUCGCUCCGCGGGGAAUUGAACGAUCCGGUCAAUUUUAUCCCCAGACGGGCGGAAUUAUGUACUACGACAAUACCGUCAUGAAGGUACCGGCGCAAACGCAGACAUCGAUAGACGGUGACUCCUAUCACGAGGACGAGCGUCACGACGAGCAAACGGUUAACGUGCCGAAUUCACCAAACGAACAGAAACGGAAGAAACCUGUCAGGAGGAACAAGGAUCAGGCGCCGCCAGUGGUGCAAGGAAGAUUGAAGAAACAAGGAAGUAUCACUUCAACGGAUACACCAGGCUCACCGGGAAAAAUAACACGGAAGAAACCGAAGCGAUUGAGCGCGACCGACGCGCAAGAGGACAAGAACGAGAGCAGGACAUCGUCAUCCUCGGGACAGGAAUCACCGCGCAAAGAUCAAACGCGAAGGAUAUCUUACGUCAAUUCCAAGAGACGAUCGUCUCCAACGUCCUUAAAAACUUCGAGAAGCGGCAGCGUGGACGCAACCAGGGACAAAGUGCUGACGGAAGGUGCCGCGCUGCACUCGGAACGCGAAGGAACGAACUCGGUCAGCAGUCGGGAAAUUACAGGCGGAAAAACUCGCAAGACCAGCACGAGUAGUGGUAAUGUGCCGUGGUGCGCUUGUUGGGGAAACGGUUGCGUUUAAUCACGGCUGACGUGUAUUCACUCCCGUUGAAGAAACUGAACAUUUAAGAAUUAAAGUGAAAUACACUUUUUGACCAAUGAUGUAAAGUAUUUACUUUUUUUUUUCUAAGGAAAUCGCGUGCGCCGUACUAACCUAUUUAUGUCUCGCUAGCUCUUAAACUACUCUUUGAUGCUCUAAUCUUUUCUGUACAUUCUGUGAAAUAUUAAAAUAAGAAGCUAUCUCCGUGUACUAAACGCCAGUCGCGCGUGCGCAACUGGUAUUUAUUUAAGACAGCUGCAAUCUGUGUCAACACCGAGAGAUUCUUGUUACUUUCUGGUUCUCAACCGACUGAGAGAGAGAGAGAGAGAGAGGUAGAUCGACUUGAAUAAUUCCAAGGGCAAAUAGCAAAGGGAAAUGCUGAUGGACUGCGGAAUGAAUUCAGGAAGGAAGACCUUUACCUUCCCCUUCGUAGCGAGAGAACCGCUACCUGAUAGCCGGUAACACAGGUCGUAAGACAAGCACAGACUGCGAUAUCGUGGCUACUAGUGCGUAUCCGACUGUCGCGCACCGUUGAUAAUUAUGUAUAUCUAAACUAGUUCCACGUCGAGAGACUGCGAAGACGAGUUUGUACAACCGCUCUUAAGGCAAAUUUGUUAUGACGUCGUCUACAAGUGCAAGCUAACCGUGCGUGUGCGUGUGAACAAUAAUAUGCCUGACUUAUGAAAUAGCUUUUCCGGCAAUAUGUACGACAAAAUAUCUUGCACUUUCCCCCAAAACAACAUAAAAGUCUGAGGUAUUACGCGCUUCUAUAUUUUACACGUAAAUGUGAAGCUUAUGUAAUCUGAAUGUAUUUUUUAAUUACACAUCAAUCACACAAGAUCGUCUAAAAGAUUUUGACGUAUAAUCACAUUUUGUUUUCGCUACGUACUGCAUUAAUUGCGAUUAAUAAUUAUUUUGAAUACAUGUGAAUAUAUUUUUUAUUGUAUUUUAUUUUGCAAUACCCACAAGAGAGACGUAUUGUUUCCAAUCAUUGUUUAGUCACGUGAUAUCUAUUAUUUCUUUUCAAAA